AUGGCUGACUGUGGUCCAUCCUGCGCUGUCCCAUCCUGUGCUUCCACUCCCACUGUUGGAUUUGGAUCAGCAGGAGGUCUUGGCUAUGGGUAUGGAGGUCUUGGCAAUGGAUAUGGAGGUCUCGGCUAUGGAGGUCUCGGCUACGGCUACGGAGGUGCUGAAAGAGCAACUAACCUCGGAGUCCUGGCAGGAGUUGCCCCAUCAUGCAUCAACCAGAUCCCACCAGCAGAGGUUGUGAUCCAGCCACCUCCUAUCGUCCUGACCAUCCCAGGACCCAUCCUCUCUGCCAGCUGUGAGCCCGUGUCUGUUGGAGGCAACACUCCAUGUGCUGUUAGUGGUUCUGGGCUGGUAGGAGGCUAUGGUUAUGGUGGGUGGGGCUAUGGGGAUGGCCUCCUUGGAAGCUCUUGGGGCUAUGGUCUGAGGAGGGGUGGGCUCUCUGGAAGGAGGGCUCUGCAGUGGCGUCGUGGCAGUGUGUGCUAUUAG